UUAUGGUAACGCGUUCGUCCUUUGUGGUGCAGCGUGCGUGGAGUUUGGCGGUGAAGUCGCUGAGAGCGCAGUGGUCUUUUUAUUGAACGGAUAUAAAACUAUAGCUUUCUACACGUAAACAUGAGCAAAGCACACCCCCCCGAGUUGAAGAAGUUCAUGGACAAGAAGUUGUCAUUGAAGCUCAAUGGCGGCCGGCAUGUUCAGGGUAUCCUGCGCGGGUUCGACCCCUUCAUGAACCUGGUGAUGGAUGAUUGUCAAGAGAUGGCAUCUGGGGGACAGCAGAACAACAUCGGCAUGGUGGUGAUCCGAGGGAACAGCAUCAUUAUGCUGGAAGCUCUGGAGAGAGUAUGAGGGGUGGGUGUGUCCCUGCUGUGGCCACACCUGUUGCGAGGAGCAGCCGAGGUGCAGAAUUGGGCAUCGCAGAUCCCUCCCACUCCAGCAGCCUGUAUCUCCCCUGGAGGCCGUUCACGUCUGCCCUGCAGUUAAUUUCCACACAAGCCCUUUGGUGUUCGUGUUCAACGGCACAUUCUUUGCUAGAAAAAUAAGCCUGCGGUAGCAGUCCUGCACAUCAUUUUCAACUGUGAAGAGGACUAACGAUAUUUGUUGUAGGACUAUAUUUGUGCUGCAUAGAGUCCCCUCCUUGUUGUACUUGAAAUUUGCUGAAUUCUGGAUGCUAUAUCACAUAUUUUCUAUUUACCUAGACAUGGUAGAAUUUAAUUAGUUAAGACAAUUGGCAGGUAUAGUACCUAAUGAAUCAUUUAUUUUGAAUUAAAUGACUUAACAUCGUAUUUCCUAUUAUGAUGCUGUCGUGUACAAAUUGCGUUCCAGGAAGGCUGUACUUUCAAGUUCACGUUUGAGGGCAGCUUCAAGGCUUAUCAGGCAGUUUUUCCAUGUUGUGGAAAUGCAAUUUGCCUCAAGAAAGAGGGUUUGAUUUAGUCAGUGUUCCCUUGUUUUACAAUGUGCAAAAACAUGAUGCAACCCUUGUAGAAAGGGGAAAGGUGGAAAUCGAAGCUCUAGGUGACAGAGGAAGGCAUGGGUUAUCUGUGUUUUAAUUAGAUCAAAUGUGGUUAUAGAUCUAAACAAUAAGUCAGGUCAUGAGCCAGAAAUUCAGUAGCCAGUUGUUGAGGGGUGGAGUGUGAUGCACAGUUCUUUUUUUUUUUACAAUAUUUUUGUGAUGUUUUGUGAAAUGUAAUCUAAUAAACAAUUUCUAGUCGUAUACCUGU